CGUUGUUUUGGGCCCUGGUUUGACGUAUUGACACCCUGCGUGGUAGAGGCUCUGCCAAGUUUCUGGUGUUCAGGAGGCAGAGGGAGUUGUAUUGGGUUGCGCUGUCGGAGGCUCGGGGCCCGAGUCGGUUUUACGGACUGCGUACUCGCCAACCUGUUCGGAGUUGAACACAUGGAUGGCUUUGGCGAAUCCGAACGGGCGGUGCAGCCCGCGGUGAUUGAGGGCAGGAGCAUGGCCGUGUUGUAUGGAAGCGAGACUGGGAACGCGGAGGAUAUUGCGGGAGAGCUGGCUAAGACAGCCGAGAGGCUGCACUUUCAGACGACGGUGGACGAGAUGGAUGGCUUCAAGCUGGCAGAUCUCCUCCGCACAUCGCUCGUCGUCUUUGUCACGUCAACAACAGGGCAGGGCGACAUGCCCAAGAACACGCUCAAGUUCUGGAAAAACCUCAGGCGCGAAAAGCUCAACAACACAAACUGCCUCCGCUCGCUGCGGUUUACAAUAUUCGGCCUAGGAGACAGUUCCUAUCAAAAGUUCAACUGGGCUGCGAGGAAGUUACGAGCGAGACUCCUCCAACUCGGCGCGACCGAGUUUUUCAGACCCGGGGAAGGAGACGAGCGGCACGAUAACGGUGUCGACAGCAUUUACCUGCCGUGGUACGAGGAGCUCAAGAAAACUCUGCUCGUCGACUACCCCCUCCCACCCUCGAUCUCUCCUAUACCCGACGACGCCAUACUCCCGCCCAAGUAUCCUAUUGAGCUGCUGUCGACCAUGGACACCGGCAUUGCCGGCGCAACGCACGAUGGCACCGUAAGUGCACCGUCACUGAUCGACGACGAGCGCAGGUUUUCGGCCACCCGUACCAUGAGCGCUGCUCGCUCCCACGUGGACCAGCCCCAAUCUGCCGCGGAACGGACGCAGGAGGACUGGAUACGGUUGCAAACUACGUUUCCUGGCGACCUCGCCCGUCGAGACGCGGCAUAUGAGCGAGAUGACCCCCGAGCUUUCGACCUGUUGGACAAGAACAACCAGCUCAAGGACCACCCGGAGAAGUACCACUUUGAGAAACAAAGUCCUCAGAUCCUCGAUUCUCCGCCACAAGGCUUGCUGCCGAUUCCCGAUACCUACCGCGCCACGCUGAUACGAAAUGACCGAGUGACACCCCCGGACCACUGGCAAGAUGUCCGUCAUCUCGCUUUGGAUUUGGAACUGGAUGAAAGAGCCUAUAGGAGGCUCGCCGAGUUUACUGGCAGUUUAACCCUUGUCAUCUGGCCCAAGAACUACCCAGAAGAUGUGAACGAGCUGAUCCGCCUGAUGGGUUGGGAAUCGCAAGCGGACCGACUCGUCCGGCUUUUCGCGGUUCCUCGAGGCGUCUAUAUUGACGACGAUCGCGUCACCACUCUGCGAUUCCUCUUGGCUCACAACUUGGACAUUACCGCGGUUCCCAAGCGAAGCUUCAUCAGGGAAUUGGUCCAUUUCACCAAAGACCCAAGGGAGCGGGAACGGCUCUUGGAACUUGUGGAGCCGGGGAAUGAGCAGGAGUAUUAUGACUAUACAUGCCGCCCUAGGCGGACCAUCCUCGAGCUGCUGAGAGAUUUCGCCGGCGUUCGGAUCCCGUUCAGCCGGGUUCUUGAUCUCUUUCCAGUCAUUCGCGGACGCGAAUUCAGCGUCUGUAAUGGGGGUGGAAGUCUAACCGAGGUCAACCACAAGUUCCACUUCAAGAUUGAGAUCCUUGUUGCCUUGGUUGAGUACAAGACCAUCAUCCGCAAGCCGCGCCAGGGCCUCUGCUCCCGCUACCUCAAACACCUUGCUCUCGGCACUAAGCUAGGAGUCCGCCUGAAGCCAUCGAGCGCGAACCUGGUCCCGAACCUCGCGGCGGCGAAACGGCCCCUGAUCGCUAUCGGAACUGGCACCGGCGUUGCCCCGAUCCGCGCCGUCAUCCAGGAGCGCGGCUGCUUCGAUGGCGCGGGUGACACUCUCCUGUUUUUCGGCUGCCGCAACCGCGACGCCGAUUACCACUUUGCGCGCGAAUGGUCUUCUUACCCCAACGUAAAGGUUUAUCCGGCCUUCUCGCGCGAUAAAAUCGAACCGGACCCCAAGACGACUGCUACCAUCAUGCCCAGCUCCAAGACAGACGGCACCCUCCUCGCGGCUGCCGUUGAGACACUCUACCCUGUCCAGUACGACGCCCACAAGAACUACGUGCAGCACUUGAUCCGCAAGUACGCCGCCGAGGUCGGCGUCUUGCUGCGCCAGCAGCCUAUCGUCAUGAUCUGCGGCAACGCCGGACGCAUGCCUACCUCGGUGCGCAACGCUCUGUUAGAUGUGCUGGUCCUCACCAAGAUGUGCGUCGACAAGGAGGCUGCCGAGAAGUGGCUCGGCAAUCCGACGAAUGUUACUCUCUGGCAGGAGACGUGGUAAAGUGAACCAAGGAGGAAUGCGCUGCAGUUUCGAGGCCGAUAGAGAACCCAUGGGAGAAGGAGAAAGUUGAAUGUUCUCACCCUUGAGGCCGGCACAGAGAUCAUCAUACCGUGACCUUUCGGCGAGUUCCGGUGCGCCGGGGACGGAAUAAGGGGUUUCGUUUUGCCUUGGCGGCAAGGGACUGUCAUGGACAGGCAAGGAAAUGAGCUACGAAA